AUGGGGCUGCGCGCCGGCGUUAUUAGCCGCUCGCGAGACCCCGUGGCGCCAGUGCUGCACAUGCGCACGGCGCGCCGCCCCGUCGAUAGCGCCCCCGCCCCCGCCCCCAAUACGCCCAGAAACGGCGACUUAGCGGGCGACACCCAGGCUACUCUCGCUUACCGCUCCCGCUCUACGCCUUCAGUAAAGCGUCGUACGAAA